AUGUGGGCAGCAGACAGCACUGACUGCAGAGCAUGGAGAGCCUGGCAGCAGAAAGUGCUCGUGUCUUUAGGAGAGAAAACGGACUAUGCUGAGAAGGAGAAAGCUGCAGCUAAGGCCCUGGAGGAUGUGAAGGCUAACUUCUACUGUGAACUGUGUGACAAGCAGUACCACAAACACCAGGAAUUUGACAACCACAUCAAUUCUUACGACCACGCUCACAAGCAGAGAUUGAAAGAUUUAAAACAAAGGGAAUUUGCUCGAAAUGUGGCUUCAAAGUCAUGGAAAGAUGAGAAGAAACAGGAAAAAGCACUCAAGCGGCUCCACCAGCUUGCAGAGUUACGAAAGCAGUCAGAAUGCAUCACUGGGAGCGGACCAUUGCUUAAAGCCCCCCGAUUAGUCCUGGAAAAGCAGCAAUCACCAGAUGGCAUUUUCCUCUACAAGGGCAGCAAGUUCACAGCAAGUUCUCAAAGAGCCAUCACAAGUGAAGGACAAGGCUUCUCCAAAAGCAUACUGGAGAAACAGCAACUUAUCAUAAGCAGGCACCACCCCCCUACUGAAAGACACCAUGCACUUGGAAAUCACAUCUCACAAAUGUUCCCAUGCAGCAACAACUCCUCUCAAAGGGCAGGAGUGUCUUUUUCAUUCUCUAAAAAGGUCCCUUUGAAGCUUGAGUCCUCAGCAUCAGUCUUCAGUGAGAACUGUGAAGAAGGAAAUGAUUACAGUGAGUCCCCCAACCAUAAAAAAAAGCAAAUUAUUGAGGGCUGUCAUUCUGUCACACUUUUGGAGGAACAACUGAAAGCAAGUUUGGAUAAAGAGUCACCUACUGCACAAGACCAAAUGGAUUUGGAUAACAGUGCAUCAAGUCAUGUAACUGCAAAACCUAAAAUGCUAAAGGAAAAUGAUAAAAGUAGUAAUAGGGAAUCAGAAGAAAAGUUCAGAGCUAAUCCUUCAUUUUCUAAAGUCAAAAUACCACUUCCAAAUUCUAAUUUUUCUGCUUCACUGAGAGAAACAGAGCAAGAGAGCAAACUGAAUGAAUCUGAGCAAUUCUUUGAAACUCCCAUCUCAUCGUCAUGCCAAACUAGCAAUUUUUGUGCACAGCUGAGCACCUACAAGCACAGUAAUGCCCACCUGCCUGCCCAGUUAUCUGAGCUCCCACAACAGCCAGUGCCUGAGCUGACCUGUUCAAGCAACAUUAAUGACAGCCCCGGAGUGAUUAAAAGAGAAAGAUCUUUGGAGAUUACAGAAACCACAGAUGGAAAUAUGGAAACACUUGAAAAGGAGACCAUGGUUAAAGAAGUUAAGCCCCAGGCAUUGCCUUUCCUCCAUGUAGUGAGCAAAGAUGGCACCACUGCCUUGCAGUGGCCCACAGAAUUGCUUUUGUUUACAAAAACUGAGCCCUGUAUUUCAUAUGGCUGUAAUCCAUUGUAUUUUGACUUCAGACUCUCUUUAAAUCACAGGGAGGGUAAACAGCAUGAAACAAACAAAGCAAGCUGUAAAGAGCUCUCUAAAAAUAAGACUGCAGAUGAAUAUGAACCCUCAGGUUUAAUAAAACACAAGCAAAUGUCAAAUGAACAAGAUAAUCAGUUGUUGAAACCAAAGAAGAUGAAAAGUUCCCUAAAUCCAAGAAAGGCCAAGCAAAAAGCUGAGUCAGACAUAGGGAAUGAAAUGAAUGAAAAUGGUCAAAAAUGCAUUGCAGAUUAUUUGAAUGAAAAUAUACCAAAAGUGCCUGCUUACCUUGAUGUCUCACAAAAGGAUUAUGUGACAGCAAAAAGUCUUUAUACAUCACUGAGGAGACCUUUAAAGCAUCGUUUCCAUGGCUGUGAAAGAAAAACUCAGAACAUUAGAAACAAAAGUAUUUCCUUUUCUGCUUUUAUGUCUAGGAUUAAAAACUCUAACUCAGAAAAAUGUAAUUUAAUUGAUUCUGAAGAAAAAUAUGAGAACCAAAAUGACUCCAGAUCCCUCCAAGAUGUGGUCAGCUGCAGCAGUGACAUAAGUGACAGUGGAAAAGAUUCUAGUGGAAGUUUCUUCAGUUGUAAAUCCGGUUCAAACAGCCAGUAUUCAGAUAAUGAAGGAUGUGGAAGUUAUACAAGAUGCUGGAGAUUCCCAUCUCCUCAAAAGUCCUCAUCUGGAAGACAUUCCAGCUAUUCUGACACUUCAGUUAGCAGUACGAGUAGCUACAUGAAUCCCACAUCAAACAAUCACAGAAGAAAUCAGUUGCUUUGUUGUUGUAAAAGAAAAAGCAAGACAGAUGAAAGGCACAAACACAGAAAGCACAAGUGUAUUUUCUCUUCAAAUGAUACAGAUGAGGAUUAUCUUUGUCACAGUAGAAGUCACAGAACUAGAAACUGUAUUCAGAAUGGCACAAUUAAACAGAGAAGAUGUUCAAGACAUAAGCUUUUACAAAUCAGACACAGGUCUAAACACAGCAGAUGUAGACAUCAACAUUUUGGCAAAAUGCUUAGUAGGAGUAGAAGCUGCCACAAAUCCAAAAGUGGUUCCACUAGUGAUUCAAGGAGCAGUGAAAGAUCAUCCAGCAGCAGAAUAUCAAGAUGUAGCAGUUCAGGAUCCGUCUCAAAAGAGACUGACAACUGUGACAACAAAACAAAAGAGGAUGAUGAGAGAGGUUCUAACGCUGAACUGGGAAAAGCUGGAACUGCACGUUCCAACUCUCUGAAUGUGAAUAGUCAGUCUAAAAACUUUGCCACCUGCUCUUCCAAAAACCUGGCAAAAGACAUAUGUGGAAAAAGAAAGUCAAUGACAGCCAAGUUACUUUUAGAAAGAGUGCAGUCUAAGAAAACCCAGGAACAAAUGCAUGAUCCAGAGAGAUUUUCAAUCAGUAGUGGGACAGAAUUAAAGGAUCACUCGCCAACUCAUUUUGCUCUUCGGAUUUCAUCAUUGGUAGAUGACAUUGCAAUGUUACCUUUGCCUGAGAAAGUGCUAAGCAUAGGUAAAAAUGACAUGAGACAUAAUGAAAUCAGUUCAUUGGAAAACAGUGUGAAGAAAAACAACAUUGAAGCAUCAGAGAUAACAAAUGUGACUCUUUCACCUGGAACUGAUUAUGAUCAUUGUCUUCUUAAAGACAUAAUUCAAAUUGAAACAGGCUAUCAGAGCCCAAGCAUAAAAAGGAACACAGCAAUAAAGGAACAAACCAAUCUCUUCAUUAGUGAAGUGCAGCCCUUUAUACAAAGCUGUGAUCCAGUACCAAAUGAUUUCCCUGGUGCUUUUCCCUCUAAUAGAUAUUCUGUUGCUAAUUCAACAGAGACCAAAGAAGAACUACGUGAUGUAAACAUGGAUUUGAACCGGGCAGGAGGCAGUUCAGACUCUUUUUGUGACAAUGCUAUGCAGAAGUAUGGUGAUACACUAAAUGACCUAGAAGUGUACAGUAAAUCCACCUCCCCUCCUUUAGCACAGCAGCCUAUCACAUUUACGCCAGAAGAAGUAGACAAAUACAGGUUGCUGCAGCUGCAAGCUCAGCAGCACAUGCAGAAACAACUUCUGGCAAAACAUCUGAAAGUUUUGCCUGCCCCAGGACCAGCUGCCUUCUCUGCAACACCAGCAGUUCCUGCCCUCCCUGUUCAGCAGCAGGCUACUGUCACCACCAUCCACCACACGCUGCUGCAACGCUUUGCUGUCUCAGCAUCUGUGCACCCCCACGGCAGCCAUCUCUCCCUGGCACCCCUCCAUCCCCUCUCUCAGGCACAUUUUGCCCCCAUAUCACUUUCCCCUUUAGCACCAGCCAUUAUUCCCACCCACCCUGCUUUGCUGACAGGACACCCGCUGCACUUGGUGUCUGCCACUCCCCUCCACCCUUCCCCACUCACCUUCCCUGCCCUGCCUCACGCUGCCUAUAUCCCAGCCUUAUUUACACCACACCUGAACACAGCCACACCUUCUGCUAUACACCCAAAUCACUUAGUUCAUCCCUUAUUCCAAGGACAAGAGCCCCAUCACUAUUCAUGUUCCGUCCAGACCCAACAGUUCCCUACAGCAAAAGAAGUUUUCAGUGUUUCUAGCUACUUAAACUAGCCCAAAUGAUUUCAUCAUGGCUCCAACCCCAAAUUAAAAUAAAAUAAAGCAUUCAGCAUUCAAUCACGUCUGAGGGGAAAUCUACUGUUUUGCUGAGAGCGCAACAGCAAAGAUUUUAAAGUCCACAAUCUGGCUGACAGCAUAUGAAUGUUGAUUUUAUUCUUGUAUCACUGAGGAAAAGGUGCUUUAAAGCCUUUCGUGAUACUAUCACAAGAAGGAUGGGUGGCCAGUGCCAUUCUACAGAAUGUUUUAAAAUAAUAGUUUGAAGUAAAGUCUAUGACUGUCAGUAGGAAAGGGACCACAGCGCCCAGACAAAAUGGGAUCAAUAUCAACACUGCUGAGGGAUCUAAAGUAGCACAAUGUAAGAUUGAGCAAUCUUGACACAUCUCAAAGAUUUGAUUUUCUGAGUUUGUAUAUAAAACAGUGCCUGGUUUGGUUAAGGUAUUUUAGACUGAGGAAAAAAUAAGGUAUCUGGGACCAGCAGACCCUGGGACUGUCUCCUGGCCAAAGUAAACUGGGGAGGCUCAGAGGGAGGGGUGAUGUGAUGAGUCAACACUAGAAGGUGAGGAUCACAACAACACCUUGAAGAUCCUUUAGUGAUUUCAUCCCUGCAUAUGUUGCUUAGACAGUGUAAAGGGUCUGCAGUCAGGCCAUGGGUACAUAACAAAGCACUCCCUUAGCACAGGGACCUCUGUGCUGGCAGAAGCAGGCUGCCUCUUUUCUCUCUGAGCCAAGCAUCCAAGAAGGCUUACUGAGAAGCCAAGUUCUUUGGCACUGCCUGGGCAUGUCAGGGUGAGCAGCCCCAGCCCAGAAUUGCCAAGCAGCCAGUGCUGGCUUUGAACCUCAGAGGUACUUGGCCAAAAAGUUCCCACCAAACAGAGCUCUGAUGUGGGGAAGAGUCUUUCCCAAAGAAUGUGUCAAUAUUUUUCAUCCCCUUCACAAAUAACAGAAACAAUUGGCUGGUCCUAUAAAAUCAUGCAGAUAUUAAUAAAGAUGCAGAAGUAAAAUUCUGAUCAAAAACUGGCUCUACAUGUUGAGACUCGGAGAAAAACUUCUUCAAGUACUCAGCAUUUAAAAGGUUAUUGAAACAACCAAAUAUGUCAAGAUUCUCGCAUGGCUUCCCAAACUCUCAACAAGUAAAUUGAAAUUACAAAUUGACAGGGUUUGAAUGCAUGUAUCCAACCUUCAGAGUAAUGUGUGGCUGAAAUUGUUUGUAAUAGCUGUGUAUCUGGAAAUAGGUGAAGGUGAUAGCAUCUCUUUGAAUGCCAUGGUUUGACAUUUUUUAUAAUGUUUCUAAAACUGAGCACAGGAUAUUUAGCAUGAAAUUAGUUCAUAAUUAUGGUUAGACUGCAAGCAUGCUUUCCCAAUAAAAUUGGACCAUGAAGUAUCCAACACACAGUACCUGUUUGUUUGGAUUAAAAACAUUUGAAAAAAUUUCAAUUAAUUUGCAAUAAGUGCACAAAUAAGUAUCUUUCAGAAUCAAUAUUAAACACAUUGAAAAACUUUUGGAAGAAUUUUAUUCUAUUAUAUUAAUCUACCUGAAGAAGCUGAAAACUCUAAUUGCAAAUAAGUUGUGUCUUUAAAGUACAACAGAACCAAUUUUCUUAGUUUUAAUCAAAAAACAUCGAUCC